CCCAAGAUCCUGGAUUCGAACACGAGCAGCGACACGGAGGUGGAGGAGGGCAGCCGAGCCGCCCUAAGGUGUGGGGCCAGCGGCAAGCCGGAGCCUUCCUACAGAUGGCGCCGGGAGGACUCUUCUCUCAUCCAAGGCUCAGAGUUGAUGGUGGUGGGGAGUGAGCUUGUCAUACCCCACACGCUGAAGGAACACGCUGGAGCCUACCUCUGUAUAGCCAGCAAUGGGGUCCUGCCUUCGGUCAGCAAGAGGAUUCUCCUCUCUGUCAGGUUCCGGCCGACGAUCCAGGGAUGGGAGGACGAGGUGUGGUCUACCCUGGGGUCCUCGGUCAACCUAUCCUGCGUGGUCGACGCCUAUCCCGAGCCCUCCAUGGUGUGGCUCAGAGACUCUGGCCACCCUGUCACCAGCCACCGGUAUCUCUACCACCACUACCACCACCACCACCACACUGGCCACCAGGUGCAGAAGUACCUGACGGGGGCGCAGCAGGUGAACGCUACACGGUGGGUGAUGGUGCUUCAGGUUACCAGUCUUCAGGACUACGACUUUCAGGACUAUCGGUGCCGCGCUAACAACUCCCACGGCUCAGCCGAGGCCAAGAUUGGUGUCUUCAAGAUACAACCUACAACCACCACUACCACCACCACUACCACUACUACCACCACUACCAGCACCACUACCACCACUGCUGCUCUACCUUCCUCCGGCACUCAUCACUCCAGCGACAGCCUCUUACCCUGGAAGGUAGACAUAGGGAGCCAGACGGGGCCCCGGGCCGGUGCAGGACCGGAGGCGGAGGACAGCAAGUCACGCGAGCAUCAGCAGGCGCAACAAGACGCCGUCAACACCUCCUGGAAUAAACAACACGAGAGGAAGACAUUCACCUACAGUAAUGGAGGAGUCUCCUCUCACGGCGCCGGCUGCUGCUGUUGUUGUUGCUGGUGGAGUCUGUUGUUGGCCUUGAUUCUCCUCCGUCUUCUCCUCCACAUCACUCCUCCUCCUCCUAGUAGAUCACUCCACUAGCUGCUCCUCCACAUACAUCACUCCACUAGCUCCUCCUCCACAUAUGACAUCACUCCACUAGCUACUUCUCCACAUACAACAUAACUAUAGAAUAAGUUAAUUUUUCACCCACUACAUCCCCUCCACCCACUACAGCACCUCAACUACAUCCCCUCCACCCACUACAGCACCUCCACUACAGCACCUCCACUACAGCCCCUCCACCCACUACAGCCCCUCCACCCACUACAGCCCCUCCACCCACUACAGCCCCUCCACCCACUACAGCACCUCCACCCACUACAGCACCUCCACUACAUCCCCUCCACCCACUACAACACCUCCACCCACUACAGCCCCUCCACCCACUACAGCACC